CACCAAAUAAGAUAAGAUUUUAUUGCUUGGCAGCAGCGUAUAAAAUCUACUGGAAUAUGUUCAGUGAACCGGAUUUUUUCGUGUUAUUUUCUUACCGCGCCUAACGAAUGAUAAACAUGGAAGACUGGCUCUUCUAACGGGGCAAAUUCAGAAGGAUGACGAUAGGAAUAUGCAACAUUCCUUAUCUUCCAGUGACCGAGAUUUUUUACACGCUUUCGUUAUUAAUUCGUUUAUUAUUUUUUUACGUUACGUUAUCGUACUUUUUUACCACUCGUAUUUACUUAUCGAAAAAUUACCACGACUAAAUAAUAUCUCGUUUUCUCUUUUAUAUAAAUUCUUGUUCUCUUUAAUUGUGCUGUGUGUAAUAUUUUGCCAUAUUUAGCGAUUUUUUUGCCAAAUUAAAUAAAACGAAUUUUUGCCGUUAUUGUCGUAAUUGAUG